AGGGGUACAGAUUAAAGGAAAGGCUAUCUCUAAAAGUAAGCACGCUAAAGGCAAGCCUCAAAUUCUACAGCUGGCAAGUAAAACAAAGGCUAUGAGUAAAACACAGGAGGUAGAUCAGGAUCAAGAUCAGGCAACAAUCCCUACAAAAGGAUUGUUAAACAGACAGUCUCGUAUGCUAUUUACAACAAAGGGCAAAGGAAAAGAUGAUAAAAACAAGAAAGCCGAAGAAGAACCGCUAAAAGACCCUGAAACGGAAACUGCUAAAGAGCAGCAACAAGAUGAAUUUGAGAAAGUAACCGCAGACACGAAUGAGAUCGAAGAGCAGGUGCCCUCAAAAUCAACUGAGAGUUUAAUAGCCAGGAAGAAAGGAAUGGCGACAUUGCGACGAGUCUCAGGGUGGAUUCAAAAAAAGAUGCCAAAAAGCAUCAAUGUUCGAAGAAAGUUAUCAGCUGUCACCCAAGCAAUUGGAAUUUCAAGGUGGCUCCAUGCUUUGGUAUUGAAGAAGAAGAGUAGCGACGCAAAGUCAAAGAAGAACCUUAUCCGACACAAGAUGGUCAUGAAAAUGGCAGGUAGUGGAAAGUCAAAGAAAAAAGUAUCAACUUCUGAUACUCAACAAGACAAUUCCAAGAAAGUGGAAAACAAGGAUGCUUCUGCUGACCAGAAAGGUGAUUCAUCCGAUGAUCCUUUAUCUCCACAAGACUUAGAAGAAAAGGCCAACUCAGGAGAUGCCAAAUAUGCAAUUGUGUUCCCCAGAAUGAACAAAAUUGGCAAGGCAAAAGAAGCCGCUGUUACAUCUACCAGCACUAGCACAGCGAAUGGCUCAACCACCGAGCGUAAACCACCAAAGCCUGGAGCUCGUUUGGUUCUUCCUGUAAAGCCAGACCUUACCCUUCUUAGAUCCAUCAAGAAAAAAGCACUAGAAGGUGAAGAAGAUAAAAAUGGUGGCCCGGGGACUCAUGCGACUGAAAGGGAGUCAGAGGUCAGGACAGGCAACAAAAAGCCAACAAUAGGUGUUAAAGAUGGUACAAGUAUACCUCAAGCAGCCAAGGGUAAAUUUGGUGACUCGCGAGUUGAUUUCACCAAGUUGUCUAUGUCCAAGGCUUUGCUUAGCGGUGCUGGAAGCAUUGAGCAGAGUAGAGAAUUGGAGAUGAAUCGAAGGAACGCAGACUCAUCAGGUCAAGCAGAGAUGUGGAGAAAUGGAGUGACUCAACCUUCUUUUGAGGAGGAUGCUGAUCGAGAGGUGGCUGAAUUGAUGGCUGAUGGUCUUUUGCCCUCCACUAUGGAGCUACACUGGGCUCAAAGUCACGAGAUGUAUGGGGAUCCUCAAGACUGGAUGCGCCCUGAGAACCUCCUGCCACAUCAAACAGUAGAAAAGCUCACCAAAUGGACGGUGUAUCAAGAUGAUGAACAUGCACACACCAUUCCAGGCCAUAAUGGCAGAGGCCAAUGGGAAUCAGAAGAUCCAACUCAGAACAUGCUAGAGAGGAGACUUAACAGCACUCAGAUAAUGAUGCCAGGAAGCAAGGAAGCUGUGGAGGUAGAUGAGGUGGAGGAUUUGGCACAGCUGGAAGAGGUCUGUGAGAGUUCAGUCCUGCUGAAUCUGAAGAAGCGCUUUCACCGAGAUGCUAUUUAUACAUAUAUUGGAAACAUGCUCCUGUCCAUCAACCCCUUUAAACCUCUCAGUAUGUACACUGAGGAGCUGAGACAGCAGUACCAGGGUAAAGAGAAGCACAAUAAUCCACCUCAUAUUUAUGCCAUGGCAGAUAUUGCCUUUUGCCAAUCUCAGAAUACAACCCAUGAGCAUUGCAUCAUCAUAAAUGGUCAAAGUGGAUCGGGAAAGACAGAGGCUGCCAAGCUUAUCAUCCACUAUCUAAGUUCAGUGUAUCAGGGCAGAAAUGAUAAAUUACGUCAGCCAAUGGAUGUUUUGCCCGUUCUUGAAAGUUUUGGUAAUGCCAAAACCAUCCUGAACAACAACUCAAGCCGAUUUGGAAAGUACCUGCAUGUCCACAUACGACAUGGUGUUGUUGUCGGGACGUCUUUGUCGAAAUACCUCCUUGAAAAGUCAAGAGUCGUCUUUCAGGCGAAGGAAGAGAGAAACUAUCAUGUGUUUUAUGAACUGUUGGCUGGAUUGAAUGAGUGGGACAAACAGGACCUUUACCUGCAAGGAGCUGAGACCUACUUCUACCUCAACCAGGGAAGAGCUUGUGAGCUACAAGGAAAGUAUGAUGGUCAAGACUUCUUGCUCUUGGUUCAGUGCUUGGAGACGAUUGGCUUGCAUGCAGAUCAGCUUGCAAACAUUUGGGCCAUUCUGUCAUCUAUCCUACAGCUGGGCAACAUUUGCUUCAGUUCAUAUGAGAGUGAGUCAUUUGAGGUGGCCCGUAUUUUCAGUGAAGCUGAAGCUCGGAGAGUUGGUAACCUAUUGCAGGUGUCGGCUGAGGCAUUACAGACGGUCAUCACUCACAGAGUGACAGAAACAAUAUAUGACAGGAUCUAUUGCCCCCUGUCUGUUGAAAGUGCCAUUGAAUCCAGAGAUGCCAUUGCCAAGACGCUGUACUCUGUGCUGUUUGACUGGAUACUUGAACGUAUCAAUGAGUGGUUGAUGCCUACAGAGAUGGACAGCACUGUUGGAAUCGUGGACAUAUAUGGCUUUGAGGACCUGAGUGUUAACAGUUUUGAGCAGCUGUGUAUAAACUAUGCCAACGAGCAGCUGCAACAGUUUGUGAACAAAGCACUGGUGUCACAAGAGCAGGAGGAAUAUAAUGCUGAGCAGAUCCAGUGGUAUCCAGUAACGCUGGAAGCUUCUCGUGGCUGCCUGGAUCUCAUCUCAGCAAGGCCGUAUGGGAUCCUACGCAUCCUGGAUGAUCAAACCUGCCUUCCUCAGGCUACAGACCACACAUUCUUGCAGAAAUGCCAUUAUCACCAUGGCAACAGCCCUUACUACACCAAGCCCAAAAUUCCUCUGCCGGUAUUCACAGUAUAUCACUAUGCCGGGGCUGUCACGUAUCAGGUGCACAACUUUCUAAACAAAAAUCACGACCAGUUUCGGCCUGAAGUGUUAGAGCUUUUUGCUCACAGUAGGUUACAGAUGGUGUCGGGUCUCUUCCGGAAGGUACAGGAGCAUUACAUUCAGCAGAAGGAGUUGGGAAGAGCAAGAGGGCGAAGUCAGAUGUCAACUGUAGCUUCUCACUUCCAGCAAUCUCUAACAGAGCUCACCAGCCGUUUAGAGAGGUCUAAAACUACAUUUAUACGUUGUUUUAAGCCAAACUAUGUUAAGCUUCCUGGCGUAUUUGAUAUAGAUUAUGUAACCACACAGCUGAGGCAUGGAGGAAUACUGGAGACCAUUCACGUUAGGAAAAGGGGCUUUCCUAUUCGCAUUCCCUUUAAUCUGUUUAUGGAAAGGUAUGGUGUGUUAUUAGCCCAAAAACCUGAACACUUGACCUGUAAAGAGCAGGUAGUAUCUUUGCUAAAGACCAUAGGAGCAGAGGAAGGCCAGUACCAGAUGGGACUCACUAAGGUAUUUAUGAAGGAGAUUCUUUACCAGCGGGUGGAGGAUAAAUGGAGCAGUACACAAACAUGGGCGGCAGUCACCAUUCAGAGGAACAUUCGGGGCUUUAUAUGCAGACGCAACUUCCGGUUCUUUAAACAGAAAGCUAUCGUCAUUCAAUCCCAUAUUAGGGGCCACCAGGCCAGGAAGUACUACAAGAAAUUGAAGCAGUGUUUUACUCAGUUCUGGGCAACCAUGAUGAUAACAAGAAACACAAUUAAGAGACGUCACUGGAGGGAACAUACGGAUAGAUUGAGUGUCAAACAAGAAGAAAAACCUACAUCUGCCUCUUCAGGGAUGGAUGUGGGAAUUUUGGAGAUCCCAGCUGAUCUGUCAGCCAGACUACACAGUGCAACAGGACGACCUCAAGGAUCAGGGGUUACAGAAGUAGCUCCGCCUCAGGUCAAAUCAGAACACAGCCUCUCACUUCCCCGAGACAUUGACAACCAUCCUUUCUCUAAAUAUGCCAACACAGUCCUGAAGGAUGGAUGGUGCCAACCUCAGAGAUACCCGCUUCAGAGACCUUUGACCUCUCUGGAUCCUGAGGAUGCCCGAACUGCUUUAGAAAUUUAUAAAUUGAUUCUGCGUUUCACAGGGGACUCAGAUCUGACUGGAUGGCAAGAGCAGAUGCUUGGAAACUAUAUUGUGGAAAAGUGCCAGAAUCAGCCGAACAUCAGAGACGAGGUUCUUGCCCAACUGGUGUACCAAACCUGGGACGGUGAGAGAGAGGAAAGCGCCCAGCGAGGCUGGUUCCUUCUGGCUUGCUGUCUGAGUACCUUCACACCGUCUCCUUCCCUGGAGAAACCUCUGAUCAAAUAUGUGUCAGAUCAGGGUCCAGGAGAGUACCGGUCUUUGUGCCAGCACAAGCUUCUCACCUCCCUCCAGCUUCCUUCCCCUGCCUGUAGGCGGCAGCCUCCAACACAGCUCGAGUGGACAGCCAAUCAGAGAAAAGGAAAGAUGGUAGUGGAGGUCAACACUUUCAAUGAGGAGCUGUUGACCGUGGAGGUGGAGUCUUGGACCACAGGAGAGCAACUGGCUUCCUGGCUUCUUAACUACAGGGGUCUAACUGAAGCCACACAGGGCUGGUCUGUGUCCAUGCUGGCUGGGGAGGGUUGGACGGAUCUGUCUGGCUGUGAUUUCGUCAUGGAUCUUUUGGCUGGAGUGGAGGCGGAUGUGCCCCUUGGUCACCCACCUGCACAACCCGAGUACCUCUUUGGUGACACGGGUGACAGAUUGAUGACCACUGAUCUGGAUGAUUUCAUACCACCUGCUCCAGCAAUGCAGGCCCCAGGUCUUCCCUCCUUUCGAACAUCUUCAUGGGACACCUACCAACCCUCUACCACAUCCCAGGGAUCACGAGGCCGACAGAUCGAUUCUUAUGUUGAUGAUCUUUUUGACCCAGUGUUUGAUCAGGGUCAGCCGGACUUUGAACGAAUGGCCUCGCUGAAUCGUAGAAUGAGGGGUGGAGGGGGAAUGAUGCCCAGCAUGUACCCUGGAGUAGGAAUGCCGAUCAAUCCUGCCAUGACUGGUUAUGCAGCCCCACAAAUGAUGCCAAGCAUGAUGCCCAUGAUGCAACCCAUGCAACCCAUGAUGAUGCCAGCUGCCACACCAGCUAUGCCUGCCGCAACACCAGCUGUCAGUCCACAGCAAAUGGCUGCCCAACAACAGGCCUUUGUUAAUCAACAGGCUCAGCUCCUGGCUCAACAGAUGACCAUGCAGGCGAUGAAUCUGUCCCAACAGCAACAGAAUGAAGAGAUGCGUAAACGUCAGAAAUCUGCACAGAGGACACCGCGUGCACGCUCACCUUCACCUGCACGCUCGCCUUCACCCAAACCCAGCCGCCCUUGGUCCGAGAGAAAUAAAAAAGCCCCUGAGACCCUUCCGAAGCCUCGCUCCCCUGAGGUUCAGCCUGAGAGUGUAGCGGAUGUUAAAACCCCAAAAGAUCUAGGGUCCUUUCAAGACAAGAGGAACUUUUUUCAAAAGAUUGGUACGACAGAAGCACGUCCAAAGCCCACCCCUAAGGUUGCUAAGCCACUGAUUUACUCCUCUCCACCGGUGUGCCAACCCACUUCACCUCCUCCAGUACAAAAUGAAGUGAAACCACUCCCAGCACCUCCUAAAAUACCAGAACCUGAAGAGGAAACUCCGGAACCAACAUCUCCUAAACCAGAACCUACUAGUAACAUUAGAGAGAUUAUAAAGCUGUACCAGAGCCGCCCUGUUCCAGAACCUAAAGCCUUCGAGCCUAUAAGGGUUCCAGGCAAGCACUUUCAAAAGAAGAAUGACCCGAAAGAGGAAGCGCUGGCCAUUCUUAAAGCUCAGGGUCCGGUCACUCAGCAACAGAAAAAGUGGAAUGAUGCGCCACCACCACCCCCUCUACCACCUGACUCUCGUGGCCCUCGUGUUAUCUCCAACAGUAUGAAAGAGAAGCAACUUUCACUAGCUGAUCUAUUUAACUCGCAGCGAUCACAGGCUCCGCCUCCUCGUCCAACCAUCGCCCCUUCCCCACCCUCUAACAUCCCUGACCCACCGAUAAUGCCUGCACCUGGCCUUAAUAAUUUUAGCAGAAUGACAGAGGAUGAAAGUAUUCGUUCACAGAUGCACAGAUUCUCUGCCAGCGUCUACUUUUCCUACUCCAGUAUGCCUGGCAAACUCUUCCUGCGCAAGGAGUUGUUCUAUCCCAGAGAAAAAUUCAACCACCCAUACACACUUAAUUUGCUCUGUGAACAGAUUAUGAGAGACGCUUUCUCCGAUUCCUGUCUGAGGAUUUCACGCGAAGAACGUCGGAAAAUGAAAGACCUGUUGGCGAGCCUUCACAUUGGAACCAAAAUCAAUUCUUUAGAGGAUGCGGUGAAGAAAAGGAUUGUCAUGGCAGCAAGAGAUAACUGGUCCAAUUACUUUACUCGCCUCUUUAAUGUCAAGGUUGGAAACGGAGAUGCUAAAAUUCUGGGAGUCUCUCAUAGAGCAAUCAGACUUUUGAUGGUGGCCAGAGCUUCAGGCAUUAACCCCAAACACCUGAAACUGCUCCACAGCUACAGUUAUGCACAGGUUCUGUCAGUUCAGCAGAAAGGGGCUGACAAGGUUGUGAUCUCUUUGAUAAAUGAUGAGUUGGAGCUUCAUUCCCCACAAUCUCCUCAGAUUGCCGAUGUGAUUCGUUUGUUCCUCAUGGAACUGAUCAAGGACUCAGAAUAUGUGAUAGCUGUUAAAAGCUAUGUGACAGAUGACAAGAGCCUGUUGAGCUUUCAGCGAGGUGAUGUCAUCAAACUACUGCACAUGGAUGGACUCAAGGACGGAUGGAUGUUUGGUUCCACUGGGGGCCGGUCAGGACUUUUCCCCGUAGAUGCCACUCAGCCCUGUGCACCACCAGACUACCAUAGCAGCAACAUGGAGCGGCAGCUACACAGGAGAAGGAGCAUGAGACUCUCCAGCUCCUCCACCAACAUCCCUGCCAGUGGCUCCUCCACCCAGAUCCCUUCCGGGCGUACAAAAUCCGGCAGCAGUGAUCGCAGUCUAGAGGGGACGUCCAUUCGGAAAUCUGAAGCGGAGCGCCAGCAGUAUCUUAUGACUGAAUUUGCCAGGAAGUUUUUUGCAGAUGCUUUAACCAGUCUUUCUUAUGGUGGGAAAAGUCUGAAUGAAAUGGUUGAACACACUCAAAAUCCCAUUCAGGAAUCCCUUAUCUAUUUCUCAGACAAUGAGCUUAAUCGUAUGGGUGCUCAGUGUUUCAUGAUUUUGAUGCAGUUCAUGUUGGAUCAGCCUAGGAAGAAAAAUCAGUCAGAAGACGACUGUGUUAACUUCAUCCUACAGCUGGGGAAAGAAAAGGAGUUUCUCAGAGAUGAGAUCUACUGCCAGGUCAUCAAGCAGACCACCAAAAACUCAGUCAAGGAGAGCUGUACUCGUGGUUGGCGUUUGCUGAAUAUGGUGACUGGAUUCUUCCCCUGUUCCAAUACACUUCUGCCAUAUUUAACCCAGCACCUGGAGACCAUCAGGCAGGAUGCUAACCAUUCCUUUCAGGAGCUGGCAAAUGUGUGUGAAAAAAAUCUCAGGAGAUCUCUCAAUUUUGGGGGACGCAGGCACAUUCCCUCCCGUUCAGAGAUGGAGGCUCUCUUAGCUGGCAGGACAACUCGUCGGCUGCCCAUCAUGUUGCCUGGUCGAACUGAGUUUACCUGCAAGAUUCGCAGCUUUAGUGUCACAUACGAGGUGAUAACAGACAUUUGUACAGAGAUUGGCAUCGUGAAUCCAGCAGAAGUGAAGGAAUUUUCCAUCUAUGUUACUAAAAAUGGUGGUGAUGUGCGACGUGCAGUUCACCCGGAUGAGUACCUGUUUGACUUUCUGUUGGAUGACGGAUCAAUCUCCUUCUCAUUUCAUCGAAUUACUUGGAAACACCCGCUCCACUUUGACAAUGAUCUUUAUGUGGAGUUUCACUACAAGCUGCUUCUGGAUGGUUAUCGGCAAGGGAAGAUUUUGCUGCCUGCCAACACCCCCACAUUUUACCAGCAGAUGGCGGAGCUGGCCGCUCUUCAACACCUUGCUCUUGGAUUGACUCAGUCACCCUCAAGUGCUGAGAUGAAACAGUACCUUCCCCGAUCGGAACGGGUCAACGCCAAUGAUGAGAGGCUUCUCGCUAGUAUAAGGGCACAGUUUUCUGCCGUUGGCCCCCUUAACCAUCGUGAUGCCAAAACUCGCUUCCUGAAAAGUUUUACUUUGCUGCCACUCUUUGGAUUUAAUACAUUUACCGCUCAGAAAGUAAAUCAUAACAGUUGUCCUUCUCCCUGCCUGGUCGCAGUCAACAGUGAAGCUAUCUUGGUCCUUGACCCGAAAACACAGAAUAUAUGCUUGACGUUGCUUCUGGAGUUUGUGCAGUCCUUGCGCUCAAUUAGCUCCAAGAAAGACAUGCCUUCAGUUGAGAUCAAUUUCUUCAACCAAACCCAACACAAGACUACCACCAUCCACCUGAAGCAGGCGAAGGAGCUUUGUCACAUGAUUGCUGUGAUUAUGGAAGAAGUGGUGAAAGCCAAUCAUAGCGGCAGGUCUAGUCGGGCGGGAACACCACAUUAAACAACCAAUAAAUGCAAACUUCUUACACUCUUAUAAUGACUUGCUUAUUUUUAACUAAUGCUGGGUAAAUAUUGGACAUAUACAUAACACAUAGUUGCAUAACAACAACCCAACAUUGGGUCAUUUUUAACCCAGCAUGAAUUCAGUCCAGUAUGUACCCAGCAUGGGUUAAAAAUAACCCAACCAUUUUUAGACUGUACAUUAUUUUCUAAAAUGCAUCAAAUUGUCUCAUGCCAUACAUUACAAAUAUUAUAUAAAAUGCUUACCAAAUGUUUAAUUGGUUAAAGCUAUUACUUUGUUUCAAUAUGUUUAACUAUUCGAAUAAGCCCUGCUGAAAAAACAAGCCAUCGCAGAAAUGCUAAGUGAGUUAAUGGGUAUAAUGGGAAUUGUAUUGGUUGUAAUGAUGGUCUCUGUGGGUUUCUUUCUACUGGUUAUGUGUUGGUUGGAUGCUACGUAUCUGGCACAGAUGGGAACCAAUACAGACCAUUAAAUCUUACUGGAACAGGGCCAUUAAUGGUUUUGUAAUGGUUUUAAUGGUACACAGCUGAUGGUUUAUUAUGGUGUUCGUAAUGGACACUACUGUAUUUGUGGUGUUUUCUGCAGGAAGCAUUCGAUUGAGUUGAAUUUAUGCCACCUGAUGAAAAUGGUUUAUGAUUAUAUCAUAUGUAUAAAGCUAUUAUAUGUAUUGUAUUGUGUGUUUAUAUUCAUGUUUAAUUGUUUGCCUCUAAAUCAAAGACAAUUGUUAUAUUAUAAAGUAUGAAUGUCAAACUAUUUAAACUAUUACAGUAUCAAAUGUGUUAUAAAGUGAAUUUUGUCAUUGCAUUUUAAUAGAAAUAAAGAAUAA